AUGGCCGCUAAGAUGCGCUGGAGGUGCGUUCCCGGAGUGCAGCGGAGUCGGCGUGCAGCUUUCUCCUGGGCCCGGAUCCUCGGGCGCUGCACCCGCCUGGUGUUCGAGGUGUGCGGUAUCCCCUGCAAGCACGAGAAGUUCGCGCAGGUUGGAAUUGCCAGAGUCGGGGCUGACGAGGCAGAUGCUCUGGAAGGCGUCGCGGAUGAGUCCAAGCUUUCUGUGUUCACGCCACUUCUCGACUCCGUUUGCUUCACCUCCUGCGGCGACAUCCAGGCGACGAUGCCCAUCGAGGUGGCGUCUCCGGGUGACCACCACCUGUGCCACCGCACAAGCGACUGGUGGAGUGGAGGCCCCGAGUGGGACCUAAAGGGCCGCGCUCUGCGAGCCUAUCUUGAGGUGGACCUGGUGCGUGGCGAUCUCUCCUUCAGACUCGAGAGCUGGACCGAGGAGCCAAUUGUGGUCAGCUGCCCCGACCUCCUGACCGAGAGCCCAAGGCCCUGGACCCCACUGGUGUCCAUCUCGCAAGGCCACGAAGCCAGGAUUUGUGAUCUCCACCUCGUGUGCAGCAGCUAG